GAAGGCGGCCCCACCAAGCAGCCCCAAAUUCCCCCCUUCCGACUCCAAAUGUCUUCCUCCGAGCUCGUGCUCUACAACCUGGUCCCCGCCCCCCAAACCCUAAACCCUCCCCAACCCCACGCCGCCGCCGCCGUCGCCGUCGCCGUCUCCGGCGACCUCUCCAUCUCCACCACCGUCGCUCCGCCGCCACAGGAGCCUCUCCGCGUCCGGACGCGCCGCCCGGUGGGGUCCUCCGCCGACCGCCACGCCAAGGUCGCCGGCCGCGGCCGCCGGGUCCGCAUCCCGGCCAUGGUGGCGGCGCGCGUCUUCCAGCUCACCCGCGAGCUCGGGAACCGCACCGACGGAGAGACCAUCGAGUGGCUGCUCCGCCAGGCCGAGCCCUCCAUCAUCGCCGCCACCGGCACGGGCGUCACUCCCGAGGAGGCGCCCCCCGCUCCCGUCCCUGUCUCCCCCGUUGCGGCCACCGCGUCCCUGAUGCCCGUACCAUACUACACUGCGCUCCUCAUGCAGCCACCGCCAACCACCGAUUCCGCAUCUGGCUCUGGCACCGCCGCACAGGAGAAUAAUAACUAGGCUAGGUAGAAGACGGCGGUUACUAUGGUUAGGACUCUAAUGUUAGUUAUUAGUUUAGAUUUCUUAUGUGUGUGUGCUCUGUAGCCAUGGCAAUGGCAUCCCCCAUUCCUCAAUAAUUAACAUAUUACCUUGGGGGAUGCCAUGGAUCCCGUUGCUUAGAUUGUCAGUUAGGUAGAGAAUGGAUUGAGAUGGUAACAACAGAAAGGGGGGUUGGGGGGGGGGGGGGGAGACAUUUAAGAUGUUUAGUUCUACUCAUGUUUGGAACAAAGUCUGACAUCUUGUGUUUCAGUUUGUAUUUGAAUGCCCCUUUUCUUUCUGUACAUGGUUGGUGCUUCCUUAUUUGUCGUGACUAGCAGCUGGAUCUAGUUAUUCGGCCUAAGAAUUUGUCAUGGUGCUUGGUUCGCCCUUGUCAUGGUUCUGAUGAGGGCCACGUGGCAAUGGAAGUUUGAAAGCUAUUAAAUUAUGUAUUACUUACUGUCAUGAUGUCUAUAUUUUGUCCUGUGCAAUUUCCAAAUGUAAAUGCAGUGAGAUUUACCUCCA